AUGGCUGAGCGAAAUCCCAGCCUGAGAAAAUGUCGCGACGGCUUAGAGAAUGCAAUUAACCAAGCGAGGGACUUUGUCAAUGAGGCGUCCUCUGGUAGUUUGUGUAUACCGAACCAGCCUACAGUGGGAGGAGAGGCGCUGCAGAUACCAACCCUGACCAUUCUCGAGAGCUCCAGUAAUCCUACGGCGAGUAUUUUGGAUUCGCACACCGCACCCUUUUCGGCAGAGGCUCGGGAACACGUAGAUCCUCUAGACAUGCGAAAUCUGUUCACGGGGAUCUUCACCAAAGACUUUUGGGCUGGAGACGGUUUCAAUCUACCCCUGCUGGAUGGCUUUGCUUGGUGA